AUGUUUAUGACAUUGGUUUUCGGUGGGAUCCUAGCGGUAUUUAUUUUUGUCGUGGGCACUUCAGGCGUUAUAUGUAAAGAACAUCCAUGUGUGAGUAUAGUUGACUCUGGUUCAUUAAGGCUUGAAGGAGGUCGAAGCACACUGGAUGGCACUAUAACGGAUGGCUACGUUGCGAUUACCGAAAAGAAUUAUGGGCCCCUUGUAGGAUACGUUUGCUCCACAGACGAAGAAACCAAACAGUUGCAAGGCAAUGCUAUAUGCCAUACUCUGGGCUUUGAAAAAGCAUAUGAUAUGCCAAAAGACCAUAGAUAUGGAAAACCUCUGGAAACAUUGCAAUCUUACAAACUAAAUUGCACUUAUGAGGAUUCUCUAUGCAUUUUGGAGGAAACCGAUGACUGCACGAGUGAAAAACUUGUGAACGUGUGGUGCAUUAAGGAUUACUCUGUGCGAUUAGUGACUGAUGACAAAGAGAAGUUUUUGGACAACGGAUUCUUUGUAUACUACUUAAAUUUCACCUGGUAUAAAGUGCACUCACACACUUAUACAUGGGACUUCUUAUGUAUGGAGUAUGGCUUUGCUAAAAAAGAUCAACAUGAGAAGGGGAAUAGUAGAGUUAUCCCUGCUGAAGCCAACUACACAUAUGGUGAUAAACAGUUUAGGUGCGACAAAGAUAACAACAAUUGCUAUUGGGAAUUAGUGGAUAAAGCCCCAGGUGAACCUUAUUGGGUAAACUGUACUGGAGGCACAGCACAAACGAUAUUCGACAGAAUCAAUUCUCCAGAAGCAUUUACAGCUGCAGGCUCUCCAAUUCCCCCAGUUAAUAACACAGUCAAUGAUAUCAAGGAGAUGCUGCCUACACUACACUACUUGCCUACUGCAAGUUACCAUAAAAAAGUUACUGAUAUCAAGCAGACACUGCCUACACUACACUACUUGCCUACUGCAAGUUACCAUGAAAAAGAUACUGUGGCUAUUUCAACUGGAGCAACUUUACUAGUGGUUUUAAUAUUAAUUUUAUUAUCAGUCCUGUUUUGGAAAAGGCAACAGAUAUUCAGAUAUAAUCAAGUACAACAAACACAAGAUAUCGAAAUGACAACAGAAAGCAAGGAAAUUGCUCUGAAUGGUCACCAGGAACAAAAAAACAGUGUUUGAAAGCAAGAUGCCUGUGGUGGACUUUUUCUCUAAAUUCCAAUCAGAGGGCGCCCUAUUCACACAGCCUAAUAUGAAUAAUGCAUAAAUCUGUCCACAGUAUAAAUUUUUAAUGUGAUAUGCAAAUAUUUGGUGAAAUAUGACAACAUAAUGCCCACGUACUGUAUGGUGAACAAAGCUUAAGAGAGGGUCUGGGAAUCUACUGGAAAAAUGAAAUUGGCAAUUUUGAUUAUCAAACCUUCCCAUCUUCCAAUGUAAAUAUAACUCAAUAGAAAGGAUUAUUUCAUGCAUCAUUGGUGGAUCCAGGAAUUAGAAAUAGGAAGUGGGGGGUUGGGGCAGGGAUGAAGUUCCUCCAUAGAUGGAGGGUCUAUACUGAGGAAAGGAAAUGAUGAUUAUGGCAAUCUCAGACUUGACUUUGAAAAACUGGGAAGGGGGAUGUAGGCCAGCUGGUUCCCUCCCCCUUGAAUCUGCCACUGGGCAUAUACAGAUUAAUUUCAGACAAGAAUGUUUGGUCAGACUGUGCCCAGUCCUGGAUAAUUUUAAUUAAAAAAAACAUGUGACAUGCCUAAAUAUGAUCAUGAUGACAUCAUAUCAUGACCAUAUAUAGGCACAUCAUGACU